AUGUCAGUCGAAGCAAAAACAUUCACUAACAAAUCUAAUGGCGAAACAUUCACAAAAGGCACUUAUAACGGUAUUGAAGUCUUACGUAGAGACAAGGAUGGUUACAUUAAUGCAACAAAGAUGGCAAGAGAAGCGGGAAAGUUAAACCAUUUAAACAGAUUUCUCAAUAGUGCUAAAAUGCAGGAAAUUCUUGAGUUUUGGUUGAAAGAAUACGGUGGAGCCAAAAGUGGCUCGACCUCAAAACAAGCAUUUUAUGAGCUUACAAAGGGUGUUAUAAAUGAAUUCAAAGGUAUUUACAUACAUCCUGACCUCGUUCAUUUUGUUGCUGAAUGGUGCUCUGUAAAGUAUGCAUUUUAUGUCAAAGAUAUUAUGGACUCCAUAGACAAGAAAGUUCAUGAGAAGUUAGAUGAAGAAGAACUCGAAGAUACAGUGGAGAAUGCUAAACCUUUGUUCGAAGAAGAAGUUGGAAAAAUGUGUGAAAAACAAUUAGAACAUGAAC